ACAAAACAAGAUGCCGAUCAGUGUUCAAGCGGAAAAAGCCUAAACAUGAAAACAAUUCUCGCAACCGAUUAUGUCUUCCACGGUAAUGUGUGUCAUCUGUGAGACUGUGCUGAAAUAUAACCGCGAGGAUACGGGUAAUUUGAUCCAGCAUUUGCGCGAUAAUCAUCGUCAUGGAAGAAGCAUGAAAAGCACACGAUCUAAACAUGUAGAAAAUCCACCAGUAGAAUCAUCGGACGAAAUAAUUCUCGAGAUGGAGUCUCUACCAGUGAUGGUCGAAUCUGAGGGACAUUUCAGUCACGACCACCAGAGCUGUACCGUGAAAGAUGUUAUAGAAAAGGCAAUCAGAUCUACCGAAUCUGCUGUGAGUGAUAACAUCGAGUCGAUCUCUUCAGACUCGGAUGAAUUUGAGAUUUCUUCAUCUGCAAGCACAAGCAGAGAUAAUCUGCAGGAAAAAUUAAUACGAGAAACAUCCAACUAUGGUCGACGGAAAGUUAUGUAUGAAAGAAGGUAUCGUCCUCGAAGGCCUAUUCGAACCUGCCGGCGAGUACUGUAUCGAACGACGGUAGAAAAUUGGCGCCCCGGAGGCCUGAGAAUCACCUGCCCGGUCUGCGGAAAAAGUCGUAUACCGGUGAUACGAUGUCGUCGUGAACGAGAAACUAAUUCUUCAAUUUGGGCUUCCUUUCUGUCUUGUUGCUGGCCAUUUUGCUGUUUACCCUGUUGCUUUCCAAAACCGAAACGAGAAUUCUUGCACUGUUCAGCGUGCGAAGCCUAUUUGGCUAAGUACGAUUACGAAGCGGAUUGCAUACAGCCAAAUUUCAAACUGUUUGAAGGAGGCUAACAGCUACUUAAAAUUUAGUUUUAAGAGAAUCGUUUUAAUAUAUUU